GCUGAGGGUUUUUUUAGGGUUGCUGGUUCUUUUCCUGAAUCUCUGGGUAUAGAGAGGGCCUAUGACAGUGUUUCAGGCCGGGAAAGGUAAUCGACGCUGCGCACGUGCUCCUCUGCCGGCGAGCCAGACGGCGGCAGCGGCGGGACCCGCAGAGGAAGCCAAGCGGAGGGCAGUGUGGCCGCGGCCGGACCUCCGGGCCGCUACCUGAUGUACCAUGCUUUCUUGUGAUAUUUGUGGUGAAACAGUAACCUCAGAACCAGACAUGAAGACUCACCUCCUAAUUGUUCACAUGGAAAAUGAAGUUAUAUGUCCAUUUUGCAAGUUGUCAGGUGUGAAUUAUGAUGAAAUGUGUUUUCAUAUUGAAACUGCUCAUUGUGAGCAAAAUGAACUAGAAAGAAACUUUGAGAGGAUCAAUGCAAUACAGUAUGGAACUUCAGAUAACAGGAAGGACAACACCCUACAGUGUAGAACGGAAGUUAAUUCAGGUAUUCUUUCAGCUUGUGCAUCUAAUCAUCCGAAAAUUUCAGCUCAAAGCCUGCCAAAGGAUGGUACUUUAAAACAUAAAGAUUUUUAUUCAGAGAACUUAACUGAAUCUAGAAAAUUCCUGAAAAGUAAGGAAGAACAGUGUGACCUAUCCAAAAUAAAAGGAUCAAUUUAUGAAACAAUGUAUAGUCCUCCCGAAUGUCCAUUCUGUGGAAAAAUAGAAGAUUGUAGUCAAGAUAUGGAAGCUCACGUGAAAACAAAGCAUGCCAAUCUUUUAGACACUCCGUUAGAAGACUGUGAUCAACCACUGUAUGACUGCCCUAUGUGUGGGCUCAUCUGUACAAAUUACCAUAUUCUCCAAGAACAUGUUGACUUGCAUUUGGAAGAAAGUAACUUCGGACAAGGCAUGGAUAGAAUCCAGUGUUCUAGAGAUCUAGAAUUGGCUCACCAGCUUCAACAAGAAGAAGACAGAAAGAGAAGAUCUGAAGAAUCAAGACAAGAAAUGGAAGAAUUUCAGAAGCUGCGGAGACAGUAUGGUUUAGAUAAUUCUGGAGGGUACAAACAACAGCAACUACGAAAUAUGGAGAUAGAAGUAAAUAGAGGAAGAAUGCAUCCAUCUGAAUUUCAUAGAAGAAAAGCUGAUAUGAUGGAAUCACUAGCUAUUGGUAUUGAUGAUGGAAAGACAAAAACUUCUGGAAUUAUUGAAGCACUUUGUAGGUACUAUCAGAAUGCUGCCACAGAUGUGAAGCGUGUGUGGUUUUCUGCAGUGGUGGAUCACUUUCAUUCAUCUUUUGGUGACAAAGGUUGGGGAUGUGGUUACAGAAAUUUCCAAAUGCUACUUUCAUCAUUAUUACAAAAUGAUGUUUAUGAUGAUUGCUUGAAAGGUAUGUCAGUUCCUUGCAUUCCAAAAAUUCAGUCUAUGAUUGAAGAUGCGUGGAAGGAAGGUUUUGAUCCUCAGGGUGCCUCUCAACUUAAUAACAGGUUACAGGGAACAAAGGCCUGGAUCGGAGCAUGUGAAGUAUAUACACUUCUGACCUCCCUAAGGGUAAAGUGCCACAUUGUUGAUUUUCAUAAGGCAACUGGUCCUUUGGGUACACACCCUCGCUUAUUUGAAUGGAUAUUGAACUAUUAUUCUUCAGAGAGGGAAGGGGGUCCAAAAGUCGUGUGUACAUCUAAGCCUCCUAUCUAUCUUCAGCAUCAAGGUCAUAGUCGAACAGUUGUUGGAAUUGAAGAGAGGAAAAACCGAACAUUAUGUUUAUUGAUAUUUGAUCCUGGAUGUCCUUCUCGAGAAAUGCAGAAACUAUUAAAGCAAGACAUGGAGGCUAGCAGUCUCAAGCAACUUCGGAAAUUUGUGGGCAAUUUAAAACAUAAGCAAUACCAGAUAGUGGCAGUAGAGGGUGUUCUUUCUUCAGAGGAGAAAGUUGCCAGGAGACAAGCAUCUCAAGUCUUUACAGCCGAGAAGAUUCCUUGAAGAAUUAAGCAUUUCAGUGAUUGUGGAAUUUUACUGUAUAUUCUAAAUUCAGAUAUUAAACUCCUUAAUACAACUCAUGAAGCCGUGGAUUCUCUAAAAUUCUCUAAAUACUCAACUUGUAAUUUAAUUUCUAAAAUGUCUAAAUUAUACUUUUACUACUCCAUUGUUUAGUAAUAAUUUCAAUAAAAUAUCUUGUUUACAUUG